UUUUUUUUUUUGAUAGGCUUCCCUCGUAUUGUUGCAUUUUACCCGCUCAGCAGGAAAACAAGAGGCAGAGACAUCAGUUCCAGUCAAAACCCCGAGGGAAAGCUUCACAACGUACGACCGGCACCGGGCCCCGACGGGCUCCCUGAUGGCUCUUACUACUUCUACGGAACAAAGACCAGCUACAUAGAUUUUCCUAACAACGGCAAGCUCGACUCAAGAUACUCACUGACCCUCCUUGCCUGGGUUUAUCCAGAGGGUUCCGGACCGAUCUUUCACUUCGCCCCCGGUGGAGUUCGCUUCUGGGUCGUGAGGCCCAAUACUCUGUUUGUGCGUUUUGUUCGCCGCACAGGGAGACCAACCCGACAGCUGAUUAGUCGCACGUUGAUCCCAAAGCAGUGGAACUACGUUGGAGCAUCUUAUGACGAGAAGACAGGAAUUGCAACCCUGUGGCGCAAUUCGCAACCUGUCAAGUCAGUGUUUAUCGGUCGCAUUCGCCUCGCUACCAACCGACCGGUCAGGAUGGGUGCCUUACCACGUGACUUGCGGUACUUCCGUGGUAGGAUCUCUUGCAUGCAGGUGUAUAGCGUACCUCUGUCUGGACCAGAGAUAAAGAGGGCUAAAAGGGUCUGCUUCCGAGGACGUCCAACGGUAAAACCAACGAAACCUCCACGUCUUCCGGAUGCCGUCGCUUUCUAUCCAUUGACGGUGAACUAUCGCGGUUAUGACGUCGGUCCUAAAAGAAACCCACCGGGAAAACUAUUCAACGUGAGACUAGCACCAGGCCCCGAUGGGAGACGCGGUGGCUCGUACAGUUUCCUUGGAUCACCCGACAGCUUUAUCGAGUUUCCCAACACCGGACCGCUGGACGCUCGGAACUCUAUAACACUCCUGGUAUGGAUCAACCCCAAGGGAGGUGCCGGACCUAUUUUCAACUACGAUCCCAGGGGCUUCGGUGUCCAUCUUUGGGUCACACGUGCUGGGAGACUGUUCGCGAGGUUCGUUCGACGCACGCGCGCUCUUACACAACCGCUGAUCAGUCGAAGACUGAGACGCAAAUCGUGGAGUUUUGUCGGUGCCACCUACGACCAGACCACAGGGAUUGGGAAAUUGUACGUCAACGAUAAAGACGUCGUUACCAAAGCCAUUGGUCGAAUACGUUUAGCGACAAACUAUCCCGUCAGGAUGGGAGCAAGGAUACGAGAUCGCCGCUACUUCCGGGGCUGGAUCACGUGCAUGCAGGUGUAUGACGUGGCACUUCCGCUGCGGCUUAUCAGGAUCGCAAAGAAACUUUGUUUUAAAGGUAGCUGGCUCUCUAACAUGUCCAUUUGUUGUUUUAGUCUUGUGAACUGUUUAUCACACACAGGCUAUAAUCAAGAAAAUCUUUUCGUCUCUUCAAGAAAUAAUGCAUUGUUUUAUCCAAUUGUUGUAUUUUGAUUUUCAUCAGCUUUCCCUACCCCUGCGCCGCCGACUCCAGAACCAUCCCUGCCGCCCGGGAAAAGUAAGUGCUUGUGCUGUUUCUGAAACUCUUUAAACCUUGAUGAUAGCAUGAAUAUUGUCAUUAUUUGUCUCAAACUACUUCUAUUGACCGCAUUGGUGAGAGAAUUUGAUUAGACGGAUACUAGUGUAAAUGUAGUAUUCCUUUUGUGACCAGCUGCUUAAUUCUCGUGAUGUUUUAACGAGACUUAAAUGGUCGGUAAAAGUUAGGGGUAAAAAGGAGAAGUAAACCGUCUUUCGAGAGUACGAGGCACCCAUUUUACCCUCAACUGGUAGGCGAUGUAUAAGAAUGAUCUUUUUAAUUACGCCGUCUAACCCAGUUUUUGUGGAUUGAAGUGAACAGGAUUAUUUUCUCUUCCCUUUGAUUUGAACGGUAGUGUAGGUUAACACUUCCUUCUCCCCGAGUAUUUGCUAGCUUACAACCAACAAAUUGUCGGUGUUCACUUAUACACAUGAUUGAAGACACCCUACGCAUGGAAACUGUUGACUUCUGGUGCUUGUAGCUUAACAUUCCUACGAGAAGUGAAUAGGGUUAUAAUUUCAAUUUGUUCCAGUCUGCAGAGCUCGCAUCGAUCUUGGUCUCCUUAUUGACGGCAGUGGCAGUCGAUACAGAUUUAGC